AUGGCAGCAUACCUCACCCAGCGCAUCUCUCACCCUCACCACGGCAUCACCGUUUCGCGAGCCGGGACACCAGCCCCCGAGAAGGCGGCGAAAUGCGCGGCUCCCAUCGAGAACGUCGGUGCCAAGAAAGUAUCCUUCUUCACGCCUGCGCAGGACCCUGUGGCCGGCAGCGCCACCGCGGUGCAAGCAUCGGGCAACCCCGUUCCGAAGCUCUUCACGCCGCUCAAGAUUCGCGGCAUCGAGCUGCCGAAUCGGAUCUGGGUGAGCCCCAUGUGCCAGUACAGCGCACACGAAGGAUUUCACACGCCUUGGCACAUCACCCAUUACGGUGGCAUGGCACUGCGCGGUCCAGGCCUUAUGAUGAUUGAGGCGACUGCUGUGCAGGCAAACGGCCGCAUCACUCCGGAGGACUCGGGAAUCUGGCUCGACGCUCACGUCGACACUUUGAAGAAGCAUGUCGACUUUGCCCACAGCCAGGGCGCCCUCAUCGGAAUCCAGCUGGCACAUGCUGGACGGAAGGCCUCCACGGUGGCGCCGUGGCUCAGCUCCGGCGCGACAGCGACCGAACAAGUCGGCGGCUGGCCUGCCGACGUCGUGGGGCCGAGCAGCGACGCUUUCAGCGAGCACUACCCUACGCCGCGCGCGUUGAGCUCGGCCGAGAUUGCAGAGCUGAAGCGCGACCACCUCAACGCUGUGCGUCGCGCGCUGCGGGCCGGCUUCGACGUCAUCGAGCUGCACUUUGCCCAUGGCUACCUGGUCUCGAGCUUUCUCUCCCCGGCCGUCAACAAGCGCACCGACAGCUACGGAGGGGGCUUCGAGAACCGCACCCGGUUGGCGCUCGAGAUUGUCGACGCGACCAGGGAGAUCAUGCCCAAGGAGAUGCCCCUGUUUGUCCGCAUCAGCGCCACGGACUGGCUGGACACGAACCCGGAAUGGAGCGGCGCUCCGAGCUGGACGGUCGAGGAGAGCGUCGAGUUCGCCAAGAUCCUCGCCCGGCGCGGGGUGGACGUGCUGGACGUCUCCAGCGGCGGCAACCACGCGCAGCAGAAGGUGGUCGGCGGUCCGGGCUACCAGGCGCCGUUCGCGAAGGCGAUCAAGGCGGCGGUCGGGGACUCGCUGCUGGUGAGCUCGGUGGGGAGCAUCAAGACGGGCAGUGUCGCGCAGGAGAUCAUCGAGGGCGGCAAGGAUGCGGACGAUACGCCGUUGGACCUGAUUGCGGCUGGGCGGAUGUUCCUGAAGAACCCGGGGCUGUCCGCCAUGGCCGAGACUGCGCAGGCCACUCGUCCCAAUCUCGGCUGCCUGGGCUGCGACAAACAGGCCACUGCCCUUCAGUGCCCGACAUGCCUAAAGCUAAGCAUCAAGAACAGCUAUUUUUGCUCUCAAGACUGUUUCAAAACUUCUGGCCUGCACAAUCCAUUUCCAGAUUUCCCAUUCACCGGCUCGGUACGGCCCAUUUAUCCGCUCUCGCCAAGACGUACCGUCCCCAAGUCAAUUGGGAAGCCCGACUAUGCAGACACUGGCGUGCCCACAAGUGAGCGCAUGCUUAACCGAGCCAAAGUAGACAUCCUCGACAGCGCGGCACAGCAGGCGAUGCGAAAGGUCUGCAAAUUGUCCCGAGAAGUCUUGGAUAUUGUCGCUGCCGAGGUACGACCAGGCGUCACCACAGACUACCUGGAUGAAGUCUGCCACAAGGCGUGCUUGGAGAGAAAUUCUUAUCCCUCGCCACUUAACUACAGAAACUUUCCCAAGUCGCUUUGCACUUCCCCUAAUGAGAUUGUCUGCCAUGGCAUCCCUGACCAGAGAGUCUUGCUAGACGGCGACAUUCUGAACCUCGACAUUUCCAUCUACCACGAGGGCUACCACGCAGACUUGAACGAGACCUACUAUGUCGGUGACAAAGCAAAAGCCGACCCAGACAAUGUGCGCCUCAUCGAGGCGACCCGCGAUUGCCUCGACGCCGCCAUUCAGAUUGUCAAACCGGGCACACCUAUCCGCCAAUUCGGUGAGGUGAUUGAGAAGAUGGCCAACGAACGCGGUUGCAGCGUCGUGACCACUUGGGGCGGCCACGGCAUCAACACCAACUUUCAUCCACCGCCAUGGAUCCCCCACUACGCCAAGAACAAGGCAGUCGGGGUAUGCAAAGCUGGUAUGGCCUUUACUAUCGAGCCAAUCCUGGCGCUAGGGAAGCCAAGGGAGAUGUACUGGCCGGAUAAAUGGACAAAUGCGACCGUGGAUGGCAAGCGAACUGCCCAGUUUGAGCAUACUUUACUCGUAACGGACGAUGGCGCCGAGGUAUUGACUGCUCGCCUCCCAGAGUCGCCUGGUGGUCCGAUACCAAUGCCAGCGACUGAGAGAGCCUCGUCGACACAGGAGAAGAAAUUCAAAUAG